AAAUGCUGGGAUUACAGGCGCCAGCCGCUGUGCUGGGGCGGGUUAGGGGUGAGCUGGGUGCGGAAGCGCCGCGGAGGGGGACCCGGUGCUAACGGUGCUAACGGUGCUAACGCUGCUAACGCUGCUAACGCUGCCCGCUCCCCGCCCGCCCGCAGGUGCGCAGGAGGAUGGUGGCGCGGCCCUAGGCCCACGCUCCGCACCAUGACCUGCUGGCUGUGCGUCCUGAGCCUGCCCCUGCUCCUGCUGCCUGCGGCACCGCCCCCGGCUGGAGGCUGCCCGGCCCGCUGCGAGUGCACCGCGCAGACCCGCGCCGUGGCCUGCACGCGCCGCCGCCUGACCGCCGUGCCCGAAGGCAUCCCGGCCGAGACGCGCCUGCUGGAGCUCAGCCGCAACCGCAUCCGCUGCCUGAACCCGGGCGACCUGACCGCGCUGCCGGCGCUGGAGGAGCUGGACCUGAGCGAGAACGCCAUCGCGCACGUGGAGCCCGGCGCCUUCGCCAACCUGCCGCGCCUGCGCGUCCUGCGUCUCCGUGGCAACCAGCUGAAGCUCAUCCCGCCCGGGGUCUUCACGCGCCUGGACAACCUCACGUUGCUGGACCUGAGCGAGAACAAGCUGGUCAUCCUACUGGACUACACCUUCCAGGACCUGCACAGCCUGCGCCGGCUGGAGGUGGGCGACAACGACCUGGUGUUCAUCUCGCGCCGCGCCUUCGCGGGGCUGCUGGCCCUGGAGGAGCUGACCCUGGAGCGCUGCAACCUCACGGCUCUGUCCGGGGAGUCGCUGGGCCACCUGCGCGGCCUGGGCGCCCUGCGGCUGCGCCACCUGGCCAUCGCCGCCCUGGAGGACCAGAACUUCCGCAGGCUGCCCGGGCUGCUGCACCUGGAGAUUGACAACUGGCCGCUGCUGGAGGAGGUGGCCGCAGGCAGCCUGCGGGGCCUGAACCUCACGUCGCUGUCAGUCACCCACACCAACAUCACUGCCGUGCCGGCCGCCGCGCUGCGGCACCAGGCGCACCUCACCUGCCUCAAUCUGUCGCACAACCCCAUCAGCACGGUGCCGCGGGGGUCGUUCCGGGACCUGGUCCGCCUGCGCGAGCUGCACCUGGCCGGGGCCCUGCUGGCCGUGGUGGAGCCUCAGGCCUUCCUGGGCCUGCGCCAGAUCCGCCUGCUCAAUCUCUCCAACAACCUGCUCUCCACGUUGGAGGAGAGCACCUUCCACUCUGUGAACACGCUGGAGACGCUGCGCGUGGACGGGAACCCGCUGGCCUGCGACUGUCGCCUGCUGUGGAUCGUGCAGCGUCGCAAGACCCUCAACUUCGACGGGCGGCUGCCGGCCUGCGCCACCCCGGCCGAGGUGCGCGGCGACGCGCUGCGAAACCUGCCGGACUCCGUGCUGUUCGAGUACUUCGUGUGUCGCAAACCCAAGAUCCGGGAGCGGCGGCUGCAGCGCGUCACGGCCACCGCGGGCGAAGACGUCCGCUUCCUCUGCCGCGCCGAGGGCGAGCCGGCGCCCACGGUGGCCUGGGUGACCCCCCAGCACCGGCCAGUGACUGCCACCAGCGCGGGCCGGGCGCGCGUGCUCCCCGGGGGGACGCUGGAGAUCCAGGACGCGCGGCCGCAGGACAGCGGCACCUACACGUGCGUGGCCAGCAACGCGGGCGGCAACGACACGUACUUCGCCACGCUGACCGUGCGCCCCGAGCCGGCCACCAACCGGACCCCGGGCGAGGCCCACAACGAGACGCUGGCGGCCCUGCGCGCGCCGCUGGACCUCACCACCAUCCUGGUGUCCACCGCCAUGGGCUGCAUCACCUUCCUGGGCGUGGUCCUCUUCUGCUUCGUGCUGCUGUUCGUGUGGAGCCGCGGCCGCGGGCAGCACAAGAACAACUUCUCGGUGGAGUACUCCUUCCGCAAGGUGGAUGGGCCGGCCGCCGCGGCGGGCCAGGGGGGCGCGCGCAAGUUCAACAUGAAGAUGAUCUGAGGGGUCCCCAGGGGCGGGCCCUCCCCUCCCACCCCUCGCGGGCCGGCCGCUCGCGUGUCCACCUAUGCAUUUUCCGGAGGGGGCGGGGGCGGCUGCACGGCGGCUCUCCUGGCAAAACUUCCCCUUUUUUUGUAGACGCCCAACCGCAGGACUGUUUUUCAUCAGCAUGCGUCUUUUUGCAGUUUCUCAAGCGUUUUCUAAAGGUUUCAACCCGUCUUCCUGUCCCUGCUCUGGUGGCUGAGUUGGGGGUGGGGGUGCGGGCUGCAAGGGUGGGGCGAUGGGCUCCCAUCUACCAACCUGGAAUGACUGGGGGUGCUGAGAGACCCCAAGAUCCUCAGGGCCCGCAAUUCACACCCAGGAGGCACAAGACUGCUGCCCCCAAGCCCUGGGCUUCCGCUCCCCCAGCCUUUUACACACAGAUCACACCAGGGAGACGGUGGACACCCAAGACCCACAAAGGGCCCUACAGCCCCAAAGGGAGGGUGCACAGAAAGUCUGCAUUGCUCACACCUGGGCCUCCUGCACCUCACACCCAGAGACACACUGACACCUGGAACCCAACCACACAGAUGAAACACACCUCACACCCAGCCGACACUAAAACCAGACCCGGGGCGCCAGAGCUGACCACAGGGGCAGGCAGGGCUCUCGUGAGAGCAAAGUUCUCACCCGGGACAGGCACAGCUCACACUCGAGACACAGCUCACACCCGGGACACAGCUCACACCUGGGACAGGCACAGCUCACACCCAGGACACACAGCUCACACCUGGGACACAGCUCACACCCAGGACAGGCACAGCUCACAUCCAGGACACACAGCUCACACCCGGGACAAGCUCACACUCGGGACAGGCACAGUUCACACCCGGGACACAGUUCACACCCAGGACACAACUCACACCCGGGACAGGCACAGCUCACAUCCAGGACACACAGCUCACACCUGGGACACAGCUCACACCCGGGACAGGCACAGCUCACGCCCAAACACAUAGCUCACACCUGGAACACAGCUCACACCAGGACACAGCUCACACCCAGGACAGGCACGGCUCACAUCCAGGACACAGCUCACACCCGGGACACAGGUCACACCCAGGACACAGCUCACACCCGGGAUACAGCUCACACCCAGGACAGGCACAGCUUACACCCGGGACACAUAGCUCACACCUUGAACACAGCUCACACCCGGGACACAGCUCACACCCAGGACACACUCAGUUCACACUGGAACACACAGCUCACACCUGGGACAUGCUCAGCUCACACCUGAGACACAGUUCACACCUGGAACAGGCACAGCUCACACCCGGAACACAGUUCACACCCGGGACAGGCACAGCUCAUGCCUGGGACAUACAGCUCACACCUGGAACACAGCUUACACCUGAGACACAGCUCACAUCUGAGACAGGUACAGCUCAUACCCAGAACACACAGCUCACACCUGGGACACACUCAGUUCACACUGGAACACACAGCUCACACCUGGGACAUGCUCAGCUCACACCUGAGACACAGUUCACACCUGGGACAGGCGCAGCUCACACCCAGAACACAUAGCUCACACCCAGGACACACUCAGCUCACACCCAGAA